CUCUUUCACGAGCAAACGAAAUAAAGGAGACUUGGAUUCUAGUGACUUGUGCGCGCCUUUGCAGGUUGCUGCCCCCACUUGCCAUUCACUGUCGACAAUUCUCGCCCUCGCCCUCUUGCUCUCUUGUUCUCCUGUUCACUCACUCUCCUUACCUUUCUCGCUCCCCCUCGCACAAACUCAAACUCAUAUACAGACUUGGACGCGGACAGGGAAUCAAAAGGCAACGCACCAGAAACCCACUCACUCACUCACAUCAUAAUCACAAUCACACACUCGCACCUUCACUUUCACAUCAGCAUGCCCCCUCGCACUCCAUCACCAUCACCAUUCCUCAUGCCGGCUAGCCCAGCAGCUGCUGCCAAAGCAAUGCCAGCCGCACUGCUGGCCGAGAAGCGGCGGGGCAGGUUGCCAGCGUGCACAGCGGCCGAGCUGCGCAGGCGCAUCGGCGGCGGCGAGUACCUGGUCAUCAUCGACGGGCUCGUCUGCAAGCUCAACGCGUUUGUCAACAAGCACCCGGGCGGGCCGCUGGCCAUCAUGCACAUGGUCGGGCACGACGCGACCGACGAGGUCAAGAGCAUGCACCCGCUGGACGUGUUCGAGACGGCUGUACCGCGGUGGGCCGUUGCGCGGUUUGUGACCGACGCCAAGGCCGAGGGCGUCAUGUCGCAUGUCGAGGACAUGGACCUUGUGUACUCGGCGGCGCGGUCGUCGCCGGACGACGGGUCCAGCCACGUGCAGCCACCGACCACAACGGGCGCCGACCUGGACUACCCGGCGAUCCAGCGCGACUUCCGGCUGCUGGACGUGCAGCUGCGCGCGGCUGGGCUGUACCAGUGCAACUACAGCGCGUACGCGUUUGAGGCGGUGCGGUACAUGGCACUGUUUAUCACGGCAGUCGGGCUGCUCCUGUACGGGCCGGUGUCGGCGUGGACGUACCUGGCGGCCGGCAUCAGCACGGCGCUGCUGUGGCAACAGCUGUCGUUCUUUGCGCACGACCUGGGCCACAACGAGCUGACGGGGAAUCGCGACUUUGACAUGGUGCUGGGCAUCUGCGUAGCCAACCUGCUGGGCGGGCUGAGCGUUGGCUGGUGGAAGAAGAACCACAACACACAUCACAUCGUCACCAACGACGUCGACAACGACCCAGACAUCCAGCACUUGCCGUUCUUUGCAGUGUCGACGCGGUUCUUUGAGAGCCGGUACUCGACGUACUACCGGCGCGUCAUGGAGUUCGACGCGGCGGCGCGGCUGUUUGUGUCGGUGCAGGACAAGAUGUACUACCUCAUCAUGUGCUUUGCGCGAUACAACCUGUACUUCCUGAGCUGGAACUACCUGCUGUUCAGCGACUUUGCGCCGUUCCGCGCACUGGAGAUCUGCUGCAUCGGUCUCUUUUUCACAUGGUUCAGCUGGCUACUGUCGCACAUCCCAUCGUGGCCGUACCUGGCGCUGUACGUGCUGGUGUCGAACUCGGCGUCGGCCGUGCUGCACAUCCAGAUUACGCUGUCGCACUUUGCCAUGUCGACUGAGUCGCCGGACCCGGUGCAUGAGUGCUUCGCGGCGCGCCAGGUGCGCACGACCAUGGAUGUCAUCUGCCCCCGAGCGCUGGACUGGUUCCACGGCGGGCUGCAGUUCCAAAUCGAGCACCACCUGUUCCCGCGCCUGCCGCGGCACAACCUGCUUCUGGUGCAGCCGCUGGUCAAGGACCUGUGCCGCAAGCAUCGCAUGGAGUUCAAGGAGUUCUCGUUUGUCGACGGCAACAUCUACACGCUGCGGUGGAUGGGCGAGGUUGCCAGCCGCGUCAAGCUGUUCAACGCGCGCAAGGAGCACGAGGACCAGGCCGUGGCGGCUCUGCGCAAGGCGAUUGUCGAAUCAUGAAGGAGGCGGGCCCAGCCGCCAUAAGCAAAGCGGGCCCAGCCGUCGUUGAGCCAUAGGCACGCACGGCUGCCUGCCAUCUCUAGUUUCUCCUCUUAACUUCCUUUCAAUUUAUCCCAAAAGUAAACAUUUG